UUCGCGUUUGCGCUACUUGCAGUGGAUGACAUCGAUAUGUCAAUACUUGUAAAGUACGAAAUCUUGAAAAAGAGUAUGAUGUCGUAAAAAUAGGAGAUACUCAGAAAAUAAUUAUAGUUACGUAUAGUGAUUAGGUUAUGAAAAAGUCGAACAAAUAUUGGACAGGUGUGGGUAACAUUUCAACAGUGUGUUUGUCCGAGGUGAAGAGGGACCGUGAGGACCUCGAAGACAGUGUUCCGAACUUUUACAUGAAGGAACAAGAUAUUCCUGAAUAUUUGGAAGGCUGUGGUUUAACCACCUGUACAGCCGGCGACAUGCCUGAGGAUGUGGAUGUCCUACGGGAUAAUAAAGAGCAAACGAAAGAAAAAAAAUUAUCGUCCGCGUCCAUAGCAGGACCAGACACUAAAAAAACAGUAACUGUCAAACACCCGGAAUCGAAUAAACCGAAGCCAACUACAAAGAAAGGGAAACCGAUACAAGCCGAUUUAGAUGUUUCUAAAGAAUUUACCAGAUGUAAAGAAGAAUGCUUAGAGCGGCUGGAUUUAAGUAAAUCGAAUAUUACUCAUCUACCUAGUACGGUACGGGACUUGACGCAUUUAGUCGAAUUUUAUCUCUACGGUAAUAAACUCGUUACAUUACCGCCAGAAAUUGGUUGCCUUGGAAAUUUGGAAACAUUAGCUUUGAGUGAAAAUUCUUUGACAAGUUUACCAAAUACGUUAGAGAAUUUGAAGUCUUUAAGAGUCCUUGAUUUAAGGCACAACAAACUGAGCGAAAUACCCGAUGUCGUAUAUAAACUGACGAAUCUCACAACAUUAUUUUUACGUUUCAAUCGAGUCCGAUAUGUAAGUGAUAAUAUACGAAAUUUGACAAAUUUGACGAUGCUGAGCCUGAGAGAAAAUAAGAUCAGAGAACUUCCUGCUGGUAUUGGUAAAUUAGUCAAUUUGAUAACAUUUGAUGUUUCCCAUAAUCAUUUGGAGCAUUUACCUGAAGAAAUUGGAAACUGUGUCCAGUUGUCUACACUUGAUUUGCAACACAAUGAGCUUUUGGAUAUUCCAGAUACAAUCGGAAGAUUAGUCUUAUUAACAAGAUUAGGACUUAGAUAUAAUAGAUUAAAUAGUAUUCCAAAGUCCUUGGCAAAUUGUAAAUUAAUGGAUGAAUUUAGUGUAGAAGGAAACCAAGUAUCUCAAUUACCAGAUGGACUGCUUGCAAGUCUUUCAGACUUGACAACAAUCACAUUGUCCAGGAAUGCUUUUACUGCAUAUCCAUCUGGAGGACCAGCUCAGUUUACAAACGUUUAUUCCAUCAAUCUGGAACACAACAAAAUAGAUAAAAUACCAUAUGGUAUUUUUUCUAGAGCAAAGAACCUUGCAAAGUUAAACAUGAAAGAAAAUCAAUUGACUGCUUUGCCAUUAGAUAUUGGGACAUGGGUUAAUAUGGUUGAAUUAAAUUUGGGUACAAAUCAACUUACAAAAAUUCCUGAUGAUAUCCAAUGCCUUCAAAAUUUAGAAGUCUUAAUACUUUCUAAUAACUUAUUAAAACGUAUUCCUGCCAGCAUAGCAAACUUGCGUAAACUCAGGGUGUUAGAUCUUGAAGAAAAUAAAAUUGAAUCUUUACCUAGUGAAAUUGGUUUCCUAAGGGACUUGCAGAAGCUAAUCUUACAGUCUAAUCAGGUAACUUCUUUGCCAAGAGCAAUUGGUCAUUUAACAAAUUUAACAUAUUUAAGCGUUGGAGAAAACAAUCUAAAUUAUUUACCUGAAGAAAUUGGUACACUAGAAAAUUUAGAUUCACUUUAUGUAAAUGAUAACGCUAACUUACACAAUUUACCAUUUGAAUUAGCUUUGUGCACAAAUCUCAGUAUUAUGUCAAUUGAAAAUUGUCCACUUUCUCAAAUACCACCAGAAAUAGUAGCAGGGGGACCUUCUUUAGUUAUUCAGUUUUUAAAAAUGCAAGGACCUUAUAGAUCCAUGUAACAAAAUUAAAAAAAUUAUUUCUGAUAUGAUUUAGAUGUCGAUUCUUAAUAAGAAUGAUACAAAUGAUAUUUGAUACUAAUAUCUAUUAAUACUACAUUCUCACUGUAAUGAUCUCACAUCAAUAAAAAUUAUAUAAAUUAUGGAUAUAUAAUAUAUGAAAAUGUGCAUAUAUUUGUAUUCUCAUAAAAUGAAUAAUAACUAAUCACAUGUCUGCAAUUAUGGAUAUAUAAUAUAUGAAAAUGUGCAUAUAUUUGUAUUCUCAUAAAAUGAAUAAUAACUAAUCACAUGUCUGCAAUUAUGGAUAUAUAAUAUAUGAAAAUGUGCAUAUAUUUGUAUUCUCAUAACAUGAUUAAUAACUAAUCACACGUCUGCGAUACAUUCUCAAUAUGAAAGAAAAAAACAUAUAUAAAUAAAUUAUGAAAUUGGUGCUGACUUGGAAAUAUGCACAACCGCUAAUGAAGCUAUAAGAAAAUAAAUUCAUGAUGAAAUAUUUUAGAUAUAGUAAUGACAUAAAUUGUACUCAUACUUUAUUAAUAUAUAUAGUUUAUAUUUCAUUCAUUUAUUUUGUUCAUUUUAUGUAUAUUAUUUAUCAAUAUUAUAAAAUAUAAUGUAUUUUAAUUUGCAUGCAAUAUAUUGUUUUACAUUAUAUUAUGCAUUACAGUUAUCUUGUAACUUCAAAGAUACAUUAAGUUCACAGUUUCUUAUAGACAGGUACAUGAAUAUCAUUUUUGGAGACAUAAUUAUUAUUUUCAAGAUUUGCUAUAUAGUAAACUACAAUCGAGUGAGAUAAUAUUAUUCAAUUGAAGAAAUACAAUUAAGAAUCGGCAUCAAUGAUUUUAUAUUUCAGUUACUGCUAUCCAUUGCCAUACAAACAAGAUAUUUU